AAUUUUAAUACGGUCAAAUACAAAACCUAUCUCAAACUCAGCGUCUCUGACCGUACCUCUUUCCAUUUACUACUUUAUUAUAGUUUGAAUCGAGCUACGGUAACGAACGACCCGUGGCUUAUAUUUUAACAGCUACUUCCAUUUAAUAUUUAAUGACCUACAACUACAACUGUUCAACAACAUUCAAAAACACCAUCUCCUUCAACCAAAGCCUUAUCAUCUAUCUAACAGCAUCCAAAAAUCAUAUCCACCAGUCAAAAUCUCCACCACUUCAUCGUCCGAAUUCACAGGACCCUCUCUAUCAUCCCAAAAUCGCAAAAAUGAUGGACCCAAAGAAAUACGAUGAGCUCCUUCAGCAAGAAGAUCACUAUCGUCAAAAAUUCAACGUCCAGAUAUAUCUCAGUCUCGCUACUGAAGCAGACUGCAAUAAUCCCAUCGGGCCACAAAUACACAGUGCUAUUAUGACCAUAAAUGGCGAAUGCUUCAUUGCCAGAAAUAGCCCUGUUUUUAGAAGCGACGAGAAAGGUGCUUUCUACAGACAAAUUGAUGCAAUGGCUAAUGCCCGUUUAAAGCUCGUUGGAUGGUUCAAGGUAAGCUACCACUUUUAAGCCUUUGGUUGAGAAAUGAUAAAUGAGAAAUUACAUAUACUGAUAUUACAUGUGUAGGAAAUGAGCGACAAAGGCUUCAUGUCAUAUAAAGAUGAACAGGCCUAUAUUACUAAUGGUCAUUUAUCAAGCCGUACGCCCAGCGGAAUAUUGAACGAUGGUGGGGAAUACAUUGAUUGGCUCUCAACACGUAGGGUAGAAUAUUUGGAUACGAUUUCGGAUGAUUGAACGGUGCUUGGUGCUCGAUUUAGAAUAUACAGCCGUUCAUGGGCUUGUAUGGAAUCUCUAGUCAAGUAUUAGGGUUAUUUGAGAUAAUGUAAAUCGCAAUACUGUUUGUAUACAAAGUUAAUCUACAAUUAUGAAAUUAUGUGAGAAAAA